AUGAAAUAAUUUUAAUUAGCAUCAGCAAUAUUUUUGAAGGAAUUUUUGAAGAUAGUCGAUUUGUAGAAUUUCAAUAUAGAAAGUAUAGAUGAAAGAAUAGAAUAAUUAAAAAUUCAAAUAUUAUAAAAUCAAUAAUUUAAUGGAUUUUUAAAAGAAGAGUAGAAUUAUAAUCCAUAAACUAAAUGUGAAUAUCCAGAAUUAGAAAAUCAUAUUUAAUAAAAAACUAAAAAACAACAUGGAAACAAAGUUACAAGUAAUGGUAAAUAGUAUUUCUAAUGUUCCAAAUGCACUAAGAUAUUCAAUCAUCCUUCAAGUUUAUCAAGACAUAAAAAGAAUCAACAUAAAAAUAUAAAACAUGAUAGGUUCAGAGUAUAAAAACUUUAAACACAAUAAUAAUAAUAAGAUAUUGUUAUUAAUUUUACAGAUCUCCAAAAUUGA